AUGUCGAAGAAACCUGUCCCUACUGAUGCUGAGCUGCUUGCACAGUUCGACGACCUCAACGUCGACAACGCCGCGGUUGGCGCUGCAUCCUCCACAGGACCAUCUAAUGCCUCUUAUGAAGUCCUAGCGGAGCUUCAAGACCUUGCUGUCCAGCGACCCGCUAGCCGGCCGGCUACACCCCAGCUCAAGCGAACCAGCACCAACCCUUCAGCCGCAGAUAGGAGUAGUGAGGAUAAGAAUAUGGCUCGCAAAUCAGGGGAUAGUGCCAGAGCCUACCAUACGAGUAUCACGCCGGCCGAAACAACUUCGUCAGAAGCUCCGCCUACGCCGAUAACACCCGAUCCGCAACCAACGGCAGGCGGCGGAGGAGGAGGAGGGUGGUGGGGAGGCAUCUUUGCAACUGCUAGUGCUGCGAUGAAGCAGGCGGAGACUGCUGUGAAGGAGAUUCAACAAAACAGGGAAGCUCAAAGAUGGGCGGAACAAGUUCGUGGGAAUGUCGGUGCUCUCAAAGGCCUAGGCGGAGAAUUGAAAACCCUUGCAAUGCCUACAUUUACGUCUUUUAUCCAUACCUUAGCUCCUCCGAUCUCCUCUCACGAGCGGCUUCAAAUCCACAUUACUCACGAUCUCCAGGGGUACCCGUCCCUUGACUCCCUUAUCUAUAAUGUUUUUUCGCGGGUAAUGGCGCAGGUUGAAGGCGGCGACCUCCUUGUCAUCCAACGUGGCCAAGAAUCCGGCCCCAGGCGGGGCCUUGAGUCAGCAGGCGCCCAGGUGUCUACAGCAGGUUGGAACGAUGGCCCGUGGUGGCGCUACGUAUCCCCUAGACAGCCACGCACAAUUUCCGCUAUCAAAGGCGCAGCAGUUGCUACGAAGCUUGCUCGAGCAAGCGCCGAAGCUUAUGCGAAUGAGUUUUACGCUUCGCGCGGCGGCAUCGAGCAGGCAGCGAAGCAGGCAUCCGAAAUCCUAUCAGAAUCUAAUCCCGUACGAAAUAGCGAUAUCUUCCUUUCAAUACAAGCCUUAUGUCAGCCCGUGUCGUCAGAUCUAUUUCAAGCCGGCUUAAGUGGCGAAGUUGAGAGCGCAUCUGGCGCUGUGGACCCAGAGGUCGAGCCCGAAGAAGAAGUGUCCUUCGCGGUCUACCUUCACGAUCCUGUUCACGGAAUUACAUUCCACACGAUCUCACAGCCCCUUCCUCAAAAAUGGAUCGACUGGCUUGAUGCAUCUGCGUCGCAACCAAAUCCCGACGAGGCCUCUGAGGCCGACCAGUUUGUCGUCCCUGAGGCCAUUGCUGAGAUCAUCGAGAACGGCGGAGUUGAUCCGAGGGAGUGGGUAGCAGAAUGGGUCGAGGAAGCGCUCACGUUGGGUGUGGGUGUGAUCGCCCAGCGCUAUGUAGCGCGCAGAAUGGGCGUUGGCGAGGGCGGAGUGGGCAAAGGCAAGAUGAAGGCUGAGCAGGCUACAGUUGUGGAAAGCGGAGCCGGCGAGGCCGCAAGGGCCAUCUAA